AUGGCUUGGGCGAGGAAGCCGCUGGCAGCUGCCCUGGCCGUGGCGCUGCUCCUGGGUCUGUGCCGCGGCGACGUGGUGCAGUUCAUCUUCGGCGACUCACUGUCCGACGUGGGCAACAACAACUACCUGAAGAAGAGCCUCGCCCGCGCCGCGCUCCCGUGGUAUGGCAUCGACUUCGGCCGCGGCAUGCCCAACGGCAGGUUCUGCAACGGCCGCACCGUCGCCGACAUCGUGGGCGACAAGAUGGGCCUGCCGCGGCCGCCCGCGUUCCUGGACCCGUCGCUGGACGCCGACACCAUCUUCAAGAACGGCGUCAACUACGCCUCCGGCGGCGGCGGCAUCCUCAACGAGACGUCGUCCCUCUUUAUCCAGAGGUUCUCGCUGUACAAGCAGAUCGAGCUGUUCCAGGGCACGCAGGCGUUCAUGCGCGACAAGAUCGGCAAGGCGGCGGCCGACAAGUUCUUUGGCGAGGGGUUCUACGUGGUGGCCAUGGGCGCCAACGACUUCAUCAACAACUACCUCCUGCCCGUCUACUCCGACUCGUGGACCUACACCGGCGACACCUUCGUCAAGUACAUGGUCAGCACUCUGGAGGCGCAGCUGAAGCUGCUGCACGCGCUGGGCGCCCGGCGGCUGACCUUCUUCGGCCUGGGCCCGAUGGGGUGCAUCCCGCUGCAGCGGUACCUGACGUCCUCCGGCGGGUGCCAGGAGUCCACCAACAAGCUGGCGCGGAGCUUCAACACGCAGGCGGCCGCGCUGCUGGAGCGGCUGUCGGCGUCGCUGCCCAACGCCACGUUCCGGUUCGGCGAGGCGUACGACUACUUCCAGGACAUCAUCGACCGGCCCUACAUGUACGGGUUCAACAACUCGCGGGCGCCGUGCUGCACGCUGGGCCGGAUCAGGCCGACGCUCACCUGCACGCCGCUGUCCACGCUGUGCAAGGACCGCAGCGAGUACGUGUUCUGGGACGAGUACCACCCCACGGACAGGGCCAACGAGCUCAUCGCGCUCGAGACGCUCAGGAAGCUCAACAUCACCGUCGUCAACAACGGCACAUCCGGCUAG